GAUUUGGGACCCAGCCAGGCCUUGCCAUGCAGCUAGGAGAGGAGACGAUGCUCUCUGUCCGCUCGAUGAUCCAGCGUUUCCGGGAAAACAAGCCUACAAGUCGGCAGGAACGAGAACAACGGGGAAAGCAGGAUUUGUGGUGGGUACGCGAAGAGAGCCCAGCAGGGAAGGACGACAAUGUCCGAGUAGUACAAGAGCACACGGUUGAGAAUGACCGACUCCGGUUCCCCAUCGCAGGCGAGAAGAUACGGCGGAGGAUUCUCAUGAACUGGAUCCGCGAAGUUAUUCUGGAGGUGCUGAACUUCGGGGUCAAAUAUCGCUGACAUCGCCAAAGCCAGCAGCAGAUGACGAGUCGGGCCAAGAUAAGCAGCAGCUGGAACUACGCGGCGAGCAUGCGACUUGGGAAAAUAAUCCGAGCGCCGUCGGCGUGGCUUCAGAUCUUGAUGGCGUGCUCAAACAGCUGCGGAGCGGAAUCAUCCAGCGGCAACAAGCAGGGUCUUCUGGGCAUCUGUCACCGCGAGAAAACUUACCAGUCAAUCUUGUCCAAAUAGCCCACGAUUUGGAUGCGAAGCUGCUGGAAUUCACUCUUAUGGCGAAAGCUCGAGAACAGGUCGCCAAGGAGGCCCUCACAGCCGAAGAGGCCGAAAAGGAUGCUUGGAGGCAAGCGGAGACAAAGAGGGUGGAAGACAUGGUGAGGGAAGAACAUGUCAUGCUACAGGAUGCGGCCAACAGGAGGGAUGGUGCUGUCUCAACGAUGGAGACCAUACGCGUAGAAGAUGCUGACAACAUGUUUGAAGGGUUUGUGGGACGUAUUCACCCACGACAGUACGUUCUAGACGGGGACCGAGCCUUGCCCACCAGACAUCCUACCCUUCCGCCGAGCGCUUUGGGUCCACGUAGAUUUCAUUUCCUUGAGAACGCUGACAUCUCGAUGGAAGCCGUCACUCAUCAGAUGGCUGGAGUUCUUCGUGCCGUGGAGGAAAAAGUAAAGAAAAUUGAGGCGCUUCAGAUUGACGGGCCUUCAGGGCAGCGGAAAGGAGACUCCGGAAACCUGAGCGGUGCCCUAAUUGCACCACCAGUUUCACCGCCGGGCAUAACUGACUCACCGUCGUCCAGUACCAACAAGGAUGACAAAGAGGGUGGUGGUGGAGACGCCGACAAUUCGAAGAACAACAACUUUGACAGAAACGGCAACCCCUUGGAUUCGACCGGAGAUCG